UUUACUCCGGAAAAGAAGUGAACCACCGGUCAAACCUGAAGUUACCUCGCUAACCUCUAACCCCACUUUGUACUGCAGGCCUCUGUGGAGUGUGGGGUGUAUUAAUUAAAUUUUUAUGUUGAAUAAAUUGAUCAUUCAGUUGAAAUGACUGACUAAGGAGUAGCACUGGCGCCAUCUACGUUGCUUAACGUCUUGCUUUGCUUUGUAGAAGUGUGGUUCAUAGGCGGUUUUAUUUGCAGUUGGAAUGAAGGUUACUUAAACUGAAGGUACUUCAGGUAGAUAUGUCACUACACGGGUUAACCGCGCCCACCUGUUGACUUUACAGCUCUGACUAGCCCAGUAACUGCACACGCAUGGCUUUAAAACCGUGUCUUUGUGUGUUAGCCUGAGUUAGCCGACGCUUUCCCCUUGCGCUUGGAGCGAAAAGACAAACAGGACAACCAUGGAGAAAGUGGAGCAGUUUCUUCGGGGAGUGGAGCUGGAUAACCGGACACUUAUAACGGCUGCUGCAUGCGGUGUGGGAGCUCUGGUGCUGAUGGUCCGGAAGGUCACCAGCCAUCGAGAGGCAAAUGAUAAGAUCCAGAGAGCCAGGAACCGGAGGACCGAGAGCCUACAGCGGGCAGAGCAGGCUGUGCUCCGGCACAAGGAGUCGCAUCCAACGACCGACUCUGCUGCUAUCUUGAAACUGUCCCUCUCUGAGUUAACAAAGCAACUGCGGGAAGGCUUGCUGAACCCUGAGGAUGUGUUUUACUCUUACAUGGAAAAGACUCUGGAUGUACACAAACAGCUCAACUGCUGCACAGGGAUUUUGCUGGAAAGUUUCGACCAGCUUAAAACUAUUGGCUCCAACAAGGAUGGUCUCUUGUAUGGAGUUCCAAUUAGUAUCAAAGAAAAUAUUGCAUACAAGAAUCACGACUCUUCGUGUGGUGUGCUCAUUAAUCUGGACCAGCCUGUCCACAAGGACAGCGUGCUUGUUGAGGUUCUGAAGAGACAAGGAGCUAUUCCCUUUGUGAAAACCAACUUACCCCAAGGCUUGUUAAAUUAUGACUGCAGUAACCCAAUUUAUGGGCAGACCGUGAACCCCCAUAAUCUCCAGAAGACCUCUGGAGGUUCGUCCGGUGGGGAGGGGGCUCUCAUUGGGGGAGGAGGCUCUCUGCUUGGUUUAGGAAGUGAUAUAGGGGGCAGCAUCCGUAUUCCUGCCUCUUUCUGCGGGAUCUGUGGCUUCAAGCCAACGGCGGGUCGGCUGAGUUCACAGGGUGUGAGGCCCAUUUAUCGAGGGCAAAAGUCAGUGCUGUCAUCUGCUGGACCCAUGGCGAAGGAUGUGGAGAGUCUGGCUCUGUGUAUGCAGGCUCUGCUGUGUGACCACAUGUUUUCCCUGGACCCCACUGUUCCACCUAUACCUUUCAAUGUGCAGAUAUACCAGAGCUCCAAACCCCUGAGGAUCGGUUACGUUGAAAGUGAUGGCUACAUGCAGCCGUCUCCGAGCAUGGCCCGAGGCAUCAGAGAAGUCAAAGCACUGUUAGAGCAAGCAGGCCACACUCUAGUGCCCUACAGUCCUCUGAGGAUGGACUACGUUGCCACUGAGCUGUUGGUAAAGGGUAUCCUCGCAGACGGAACUACCACCCUGCUACAAAAACUGGAGGGAGGCCCUCUGGACCCCUGUCUGAGAGCACAGGUUAUCCCUUACUAUCUUCCGAAGUGGUUGAAGAGAACCCUCUCAUUCCUCCUAAAGCCCCUGUCUCCUCGUGGUUCUGCCGUCUUCAAUGCUAUCAGUGGAGUUAGAUCUGUUUCAGAUCUGUGGAAGCAGCAUGCUGCUGUCGAGGACUACAUUCAAGAAACAAUAGCUGAUUGGAGAAGAUGCAACAUAGACGUGCUGCUGUGCCCUGUGAUCGGACCAGCCUACAACUUCUUAUACUGCGGCAAGGUUACCCCCAUGCUUUCGUACACGAUGCUUUACAAUCUCCUCACCUUUCCUGCCGGGGUAGUUCACGUUUCCACGGUGACAGCAGAGGAUGAGGAGGAACUCAAGGACUAUAAAGGCAUUCAUCAGGACCACUGGGACAAGCUCUUCAAACAGGCUGUGUCUGGAGGCGAGGGUCUGCCUGUGGCUGUGCAGUGUGUCGCCCUGCCGUGGCAGGAUGAGCUCUGCCUGCGCUUCAUGAAGGAGGUGGAACAACUGGUCAAACAGAGCAGAGAUUAAACCGGGGGGCCACAGGUAGAGCAACGAACUUCUGUGACUUCAGGUUAAAUUUGCUUUGAGUACAGCAAGUGUAUUGUUUGUGAAAACACAAACAAUGAAAUAUGAGUAAAAGUUAAAACAAUUAAUAUUGUUUUAGAAAGAAAAGGUAGUUGAAUAUUUUUAAAUCUGUAAUGAUUUGAGUUUCACUCUUCUAUUGAUCUAUUUAGUAUUUUCUGUUCUUUUUUUGAUCAUAAUAAAGAUCGACUAAAUGUUUACUGUUAAACUCUAAAAAUAGUCAGGUUCAUUGGUUAAGCAUACUUUUCUGCUUGUGUUUAACUUGGUCAUUGACGAACCUCAGGAUUUUAACAUAUCAUUCAAUUUGUAUUGUGCUUGUAAGCGCUUACGAGCCUAACUGACACUCGCAGUUAUAAUUGUAUGAUCUGCAGAUCAUAAAUCUGUAAUCUAUUCUUUUUUGCCACCACUGGUAUUGUUUAAUAUUUAACGUCAUACAGCAUGAACAGGAACUACAAUCCAUGAGAAAACUGAAUUCACAUUGGGCAAAGAAGCACUCCGACCACAUGCAAAGAUGUUUAAAAUUAGAAUUUAUAAUGAAUGCAGAAAAUAAUAUUUUCUUGUCAAUCAUGUCUGACUCUUUUUUACAAGAACUGGCAGCGUAUUAUUUUACAAUGUCUGAGAGAAAUCAGUUACUUUGUUUUAUUCUCAGAGGAGCCACCCCUCUUAUUUGUUUCCACUCCAAAAAUGUUGAAAUUAGUUUUCAGAUGUUGGAAAUCAGCAAUAACAUACUGUGCAGGCAAGAUAUAAUCCACUGCUCCUCCACUGCUUAUCUGUGUCAGUCAUUACUCAGGAUCAUUUUUUUUUUAACAUGUUGUUUUUGAUCUGAUAUUUGCAGCUUUUCAAACCUGUACAUUAAAUCAUUUUAAGUAGUUUAAUAUUUAAUAAACUAACUUCAUCUAAUGUGCUGCACCCAGCAGCUGUGAAGACACAAAACCUCUUCCUUCACCUUAUUCUUUACCCUCCACCUCUGCCUCUCCAUCACUGUGCCACAGAUGAGCACAGGCCAUUUUCAUUCUUUUUGUGAGUGAUUGUUGCACUGAUGCUAUAACAGGAAACAGAAAAGAGAUAAAGAAGACUAAUGACACAUGGCGCCUCCAUCUACGAGGCCAGCGCACCAUGUCUUCAUAUUGUGAUUACCCUGUGCUAUUGUAAAUAUGUGUUUCUGUUGGGUUAACAUAAAUUUACAUAUGUUUUAAAACUCUCCUGGGAUGGGAAACCAUUAGGGACAAUGUUAGUGUUUUCCAUUACAAUCGUCCACGUUUGCACUGGUGUCUCAUUGAAUGGAAAUGACCGUGUGCGUGCGGUAGAGGAAGGAGGGCACAUUAGGCUUGGAGGAGAGCUGGAAUUGAGAGGUUGUUCUUAGCAUUAUCUGUGGCACAUAGAGAGAGAGUGUGUGGCUCUCGCUGUGCCACUCAGUCAGGGAGCAUUAAGCUUUAAGAGGCAGUGAAGAGACUCAGGUCUUCAGAGGGAACUUGACAUUGUUCAUAAAUCCCUCAGGAUCUGAGACAGAAGCAAUGGCAUACACACGCACACACACACACACACACACACACACACACACACACACACACACACACACUCACACGUGCACAAACUCAGCCUUCAAAUUGGCCCAUUAAAUACAUUUACAGUUUGGCAGUUGUGUAUUAUACACAUUAAAAUCAAUUUAAACAUGAUUUCUAUACUGUAGCACUUUAAAAGCAUCACAGAUGAUGAAAGCAUAAGUGAUAUAAUGCAGAAAACUAUAAUUGCCAAAUAUAGCAUUUUAAACAAAAAACCGAUAUAUAAAAGAAAAACAGUGAUUAAACUGAUUUCCACUGA